AGUAUAUUUUUAACUUUCAGUACCGAAAGCCUUUCUAUUGCACGGUUGACGAGAUAGAAAGAGUGUAAAUCACUGAAUAAUCCCAUAUUCCAACGCAGGACUGUACGUAUAAAUGGAUCAAAUUUGCGGUUUUAGUUCUAAUUCCACGACGAAUCUGCUGCUACCUGUUAGUAUUUUAAAUGCUCUUCUAAGCGUAAUGGCAAUCUUCGGCAAUGCGAUGAUACUUCUAGCAAUUUACAGGACGCCUGGUUUAAGAACAAACUCUAAUUACCUGAUCGCAUCACUUGCGAUCGCCGAUUUCUCCGUGGGUUUAAUCAUGAACCCGCUGUAUGCUGUGAAAGCGGGGCUGGUUAUCCAGGACAGUUCCCAUCCAUUGGCGGUAGUGGCAGGAGUAAUGACGUUGCAAACUCUUACAGCUACAACGUACAGUCUAUGUGGUGUAAGCGUCGAUCGAUAUCUAGCCAUUGUAACCGUGUUUCGAUACGAAAGUUAUGUCACUACUGAAAGAUGCUUACGUUUAAUUGGUCUCGUAUGGAUAUUCUCUUUCCUUAUACCUUUACCGCGUCUGUUUAUCACAGAUCAGUUCAACGCGCUUCCCACAAUGUGGAUGGUUUCCUACACUAUCGUUUUUAUCAUCCCUUUAUCAGGAAUCUCUUUUUGUUAUUUUCGCAUUUACAGGACGGCCAGGGCACAGGCGCGAAGGAUAGCAUGUGAACAUAUUGCGAACCUACGUGAAGCGAUCAGAACUCUGAAAAACCGCAAGGCCGCAUGGACAGCGGCUGUCGUUAUAGGGGCAUGCUUUUUAAUGUGGCUCCCAUCCUGCAUUCUGUCUUUUGUUCAAUCUCUGACGUCAGACGAGUGUUUAAAAAUCCAUAUUGACUUCAUCACGUGGUUCUGGGUAGAUACGCUGGCUUUCGCUAGUUCAGCGGUAAAUCCCUGGAUCUACUUUUUAAGAACAAGAGAAUUUAAACAGGCGUUAAAACGAAUCUUUCAAAAUGGUCCGUGUUGGGGCUGCAAUCGCCAGAGCACUAACCCAGGAGGAACUGAUGUUGUGCACACAGAGGAAGUGCAAAUUAAGGACAAAUUAUGUGACAAGGAGAAACAAGCUGCUAUGAGAUUGCAAAGCUUCUCUUCUGCGUCAGGGCUGGCGUAAUUAACUCAAAGUUCAACCCGACACCAGUUCUCAAAACAAGAAAGAGUAACAGAGGAGAGAGAGACAGGUUUUGAGCACUAAAAAUUCAAUCCCUUGUACAUCCCUUUAUUCAAAUCCAGAUCUGAACAGUGGACACUCUAUUAACCAUGCAUCAGUCAGUUCAUGGAACAGUUUAAACAACUUUCAGGGUUAACCUCUGUAGCUCUGUUUCUACUUUUAAACGUAAAUUAAAAUGAUGGCGUUUCUAAAAGGUGCGAUAAAAGUAGAAUAUAAGUAAAUUAAAAGCAGACACUAAAAAUUAAAAGAUAAAGAUUAUAUAAAAGAAGAAAUUGUGACAAUAAAAACCUAAGAUCGACUUGAGGGGAAAGCAGCGAGGAAUUAGCCCUUAACUUAUGUUGACUUUAAAAUUUAUAUGUAUCAUUGUCACUGAAAAGCACUCUUUAGGGAGUGUUCGUAAAAUUUGUAUCCUCGUAGUUGACAGGUGAGCAAAGGUGAGGGCAAGAGACCAGCGGUUCGGCGUUCCGAACGUCCCUACUAAUGGACGUGAUCAUCUAAGCUGAGAAAAAGUGCUUUUUUUUAUAGGCGCAGCUACAAGCCUUGCAUAAGGCCGAUGUGCCUGAAAUUUGAAUUGAUCAAUCAGGAUUCAGCAGGUGGGAAAAACUGUACUGUCCUGAUGUCAACUGCAUUGUUGACAAGAAAGGCAUUGAAGUCGGGCAACGUUUGUCACUGGAGAUGGCAUUGAAUAUUCACGAAAAGAAAUUUAUAACUCCAAAAACCAUAUGAGAUUGUAAAAAGUGAAGAACAUGAAACAUUUUGUGUCUCCAAGCUUUUAAUUUUUUGCCAAAGUAAGUCACUUGCUAUUCAAUACAAGGCGUCCUAUUUUGAACAAAAAAGUGUCGUUCCUCGUCAAAUUAAACCUAGAAUUCUCGAGUUAGCAUCCAACA